GCAGCCAGACGUGGCAGCGGCAUCAUGGCUUCUUGGAGUCGCUGCGGGAGCCGCAGGAGAGAAAUGCAGCUCUUCUUCUUCUUCUUACUGCUGGUUGUGUUCGUGUCCACACUGCAGGCAGUGAAAGUCUCUCCGCUCAUAGAGAAAGUGAGCGACCAUAAGGAUUUCAAAAAGCUUCUCAGGACCAGAACCAAUGUCCUCGUCCUUUACACCAAGUCUGGCACAUCAGGAGACCGUCAGCUGAAGCUGCUAUCUGAUGUAGCCCAGGCAGUAAAAGGACAAGGGACCAUCGCCUGGGUGAACUGCGGGGAUUCAGAGGGUCGUAAACUCUGUAAGAAGGUGAAGGUAGACCCUGGUUCCAAGCCUGCUGGGUUUGAGAUCCUGCAUUAUAAGGAUGGAACCUUCCAUACAGAAUACAGCCGGCCAGCCACACUUAAGUCUAUGGUGGCGUUCCUGAAAGACCCCACAGGUGCCCCCCUGUGGGAGGAGAACCCCGAGGCUAAAGACGUCGUUCACAUCGAGACGGAGAAAGACUUCAGGAAGCUGCUGAAGAGGGAGGAGCGGCCCAUUCUAAUGAUGUUCUAUGCCCCCUGGUGUGGUGUGUGUAAGCGAAUGCAGCCCAUCUUCCAGCAGACGGCAACAGAGACUAAAGGGAAAUAUGUGCUGGCGGGGAUGAACGUGCACCCAGCUGAGUUUGAUGGCCUGAAGCAAGAGUUCAAUGUCAAGGGCUACCCAACCUUCUGCUACUUUGAGAAGGGGAAGUUCCUGCAUCACUACGAGAACUACGGAGCCACGGCCAAGGACAUCGCGGACUGGCUUAAAAAUCCGCAGCCUCCCCAGCCGAAGACUCCGGAGGUGCCGUGGUCUGAGUCUGACUCUGCAGUGUUUCACCUGACGGACGAGUCGUUUGAUGGGUUUUUGGAGGAGCAUCCCUCCGCUCUGAUCAUGUUCUAUGCUCCAUGGUGCGGCCAUUGUAAGAAGAUGAAGCCCGAGUAUGACGAAGCUGCUGAAGUUCUUAACAAAGAUGCAGAUACCCCAGGUGUGUUGGCGGCAGUGGACACCACCAUUCACAAGACUGUGGGAGAGCGCUUUAAGAUCUCUGGGUUCCCCACUGUGAAGUACUUUGAAAAGAGAGAGGAGAAAUAUACCCUUCCACAUCUUCGGACCAAAGACAAGAUCAUCGAGUGGCUUCAGAAUCCCCAGGCCCCCCCUCCUCCAGAGCAGUCGUGGGAGGAGAAGCCAUCUAGUGUGAGCCACCUCGGAGCGGAGGACUUCAGGGAGGCCUUGAAGAAGAAGAAACAUGCACUGGUCAUGUUCUACGCACCAUGGUGCCCGCACUGCAAGAAUGCCGUCCCCCACUUCAUUACAGCCGCAGAGCUGUUCAAAGAUGACCGCAAGAUUGCGUAUGCUGCUGUGGACUGCACCAAAGGACAGAACCAUGAGCUGUGUAAGCAGGAGGGCGUUGAAGGCUACCCGACCUUUAACUACUACAAUUACGGCAAGUUCAGUGAGAAAUACAACGGAGAGAGAGGGGAGGCUGGCUUCACUGGUUUCAUGCGAAGCCUGAGAGGACGGGACCAAGAGAAGGUGGGAAAGCGGAAGGAGGAGCUCUAAUCUUAUCAGUGUGGCCCGUAAACGGGGGAGGAGCCUGUCAUUGCACUGUGACCUGGGCAGGGACCUUCCAGCACUGAUGCCACACACUUGAAAAACCUCAGCUCAAAAAAGAGGAUAUUUUUUAUACAGCCGUGCCCUUACGUUUGUAAUACCAAUGUUCAACCACAAGACCACUUGAGACUUUACUUUGUAUUUGUUUUUUUGUUUUUUUUCUUUUUCAUGGACAUUUUGUGGAUGAUUACUCCCAAAAAAAAAAUCAUACUGUGACUGCAGUUAAUGAAAAACUACAUCUUGAAUCUAUGCAAUACUGAACACUCACAUCCAACACACUCACGUCUUUGCGAUGGGUGGCUUCUGUGUGAAGACGCUGCAGCUACUCUGCGUACGGUAACC